AUGUUACAAAGAGAAAGAUCUCUCCCCGUCUCCCACCCUACCGGUUCACCCGACCCAUCCUCCGUCACCGCCGGGAUCCGCCGCCGACUCUCCUUGGUCUCCUUACGCAUCCACCCGUCCUCCAUCUCCGACACCACCUCCGCCGCAACCGCAUGGGCCAUGCGCCGAUCCAAAUCCGUUUCUUCAAUGGGUGAAUCCGCAUCCACUUCGAUCCGAAACAGGUGGGACUGGGGACGGGGGUGGAUACUUUCUAGAAAACCCGUGUUUGGACCAGAUCUGGAGUUUAAUAAAAGCUCUAGCAACGGUAGCAAUGGCGGCAGCUGGAAGAGUGUUCUUUUAAAGGUAAGAUCCAAGAUCCGGAAGAUGGUUAGAUUCGAUAAAGUUGGGCUUCCUCAAACUGUUCGUUACAAUUCCGGUAGUUACUCGAGGAACUUAUAG